CAUGGCUCAGCGUAGUCUGUACAGGAGCGUGAUGCUGGAGAACUACAGGAACCUGGCAUCGCUGGGACUUUGCGUUUCUAAGCCCGACAUGAUCUCCUCAUUGGAACAGAGGAGAGAGCCCUGGAUGGUGAAGAGAAAGUCAACUAGAAGCCAGUGCCCAGACUUGAAGGCUGUGCUGGAGACCAAGGAGUUACCGUCAAAGAAGGACUUCUGUGAAGAAAAGUUACCUCAGGCAGUGCAAGUGGAGAGACUCACAAACUGCAGUCUGCAGUGCUCCAUAUUCGGGGAAAACUGGGAUUACGAUGCUCUGUUUGAGAGGCAGCCGGGCUUGGUGACCAUCACAAAUAUGGCCAUAGACUUCUCCCAGCAGCUCGAGCCAGCUCAGAAGAGUUUCUGUAAGGACGUGAUGUGGGAGAGCCAUGACCUGGGGUCAGUAGGACGUUGUGUUUCUAAGCCAGAUUUGGUCUCUCUACUGGAGCGAGGGAAGGAGCCCUGGCUGGUGAAGAGAGAGCUGGCAAGAGGCCUGUUCUCAGGUCAACAGUCUAUACGGGAGACGCAGGAAUUAUUUCCAAAGCAGGAUUCAUUUGCUGAAAUGGUAACAGACAGAACUUCAAAGACUAACCUGGAGUGUUCCACUUUCAGAGAAAAUUGGGAUUCUGAGGGUGUGUUUGAAAGGAAGCUGGUAGCUCAGGAGGCACAAUUCAAGCGAGAGACACUCACUCAUAACAAAACCCUCUCUAUGGAAAGAGAGCGUACAUGUAACAAAUCUGGAAGGUGGUUCCAUAUAGACGUUUCAGAAGACAGAGGUCAUAACCGUGAUUCAGUUAAGAAAACUUUCCCUAAAAAUUCAGUGGUAAUAAAACAUACAGGAAUCUAUGCAGGAAAGAAACUUUUCAAAUGUAAUGAAUGUAAGAAAACUUUUACCCAGAGCUCAUCCCUUACUGUUCACCAGAGAAUUCAUACUGGAGAGAAACCCUAUAAAUGUAAUGAAUGUGGGAAGGCCUUCAGUGAUGGCUCAUCCUUUGCCCGACAUCAGAGAUGUCACACUGGCAAGAAGCCCUAUGAAUGUAUUGACUGCGGAAAAGCUUUCAUACAGAACACAUCCCUUAUUCGUCACUGGAGAUAUUAUCACACUGGGGAAAAACCCUUUGAUUGCAUUGACUGUGGGAAAGCCUUCAGUGAUCACAUAGGACUUAAUCAACAUAGGAGAAUUCAUACUGGAGAGAAACCCUACAAAUGUGAUGUGUGUGACAAAUCCUUUAGGUAUGGCUCAUCCCUUACUGUCCAUCAAAGGAUUCAUACUGGAGAAAAACCGUAUGAAUGUGAUGUUUGUAGAAAAGCCUUCAGUCAUCAUGCAUCACUCACUCAGCAUCAAAGAGUGCAUUCUGGAGAAAAGCCUUUUAAAUGUAAAGAAUGUGGGAAAGCUUUUAGGCAGAAUAUACACCUUGCUAGUCAUUUGAGGAUUCAUACCGGAGAGAAGCCCUUUGAAUGUGGGGAAUGUGGUAAAUCCUUCAGCAUCAGUUCACAGCUGGCCACCCACCAGAGAAUUCAUACUGGAGAGAAGCCCUAUGAAUGUAAGGUUUGUAGUAAAGCAUUCACCCAGAAAGCUCACCUUGCACAGCAUCAGAAAACUCAUACCGGAGAGAAACCAUAUGAGUGUAAGGAAUGUGGUAAAGCCUUCAGCCAGACCACACAUCUUAUUCAACAUCAGAGAGUUCAUACUGGAGAAAAACCAUAUAAAUGUAUUGAAUGUGGGAAGGCCUUUGGUGACAACUCAUCCUGUACUCAACAUCAGAGGCUUCACACUGGCCAAAGACCUUAUGAGUGUAUUGAAUGUGGGAAGGCAUUCAAGACAAAGUCAUCCCUUAUUUGUCAUCGCAGAAGUCACACUGGCGAGAAACCUUAUGAAUGUAGUGCAUGUGGCAAAGCCUUUAGCCAUCGUCAAUCUCUUAGUGUACAUCAGAGAAUUCAUUCUGGAAAGAAACCAUAUGAAUGCAAGGAAUGUAGGAAAACCUUCAUCCAAAUUGGUCACCUUAAUCAACACAAAAGAGUCCAUACUGGAGAGAGAUCCUUUUUGAAAUGUAAUGACUGUGAGAAAACUUUCAGCAAAAUCUCAACCCUUACUCUUCAUCAAAGAAUUCAUACCGGAGAGAAACCCUAUGAAUGUACUGACUGUGGGAAGGCUUUUAUCCAGAGUGCCCACCUUGCUCAACAUCAGAGAAUACACACAGGAGAAAAACCUUUUGAAUGUACUGAAUGUGGGAAAGCCUUCAGCCAGAAUGCUCAUCUUAUUCAACAUCAGAGAGUUCAUACUGGAGAAAAACCUUAUCAAUGUAAGCAGUGUAAUAAAGCCUUCAGCCAGCUUGCACAUCUUGCUCAACAUCAGAGGGUUCAUACUGGAGAGAAACCCUAUGAAUGUAUUGAAUGUGGAAAGGCUUUUAGUGAUUGUUCAUCCCUUGCUCAUCAUCGAAGGAUUCACACUGGGAAAAGACCUUAUGAAUGUAUUGACUGUGGGAAAGCUUUCAGGCAGAAUGCAUCUCUAAUACGUCAUCGGAGGUAUUAUCACACUGGAGAGAAACCCUUUGAUUGCAUUGAUUGUGGGAAGGCUUUCACUGAUCACAUAGGACUUAUUCAGCAUAAGAGAAUUCAUACUGGAGAGAGGCCUUACAAAUGUAAUGUAUGUGGGAAGGCUUUUAGCCACGGGUCAUCCCUGACUGUGCAUCAGAGAAUUCAUACAGGAGAGAAACCUUAUGAGUGUAGUAUCUGUGAGAAGGCCUUCAGCCAUCGUGGCUCACUUACUCUUCAUCAAAGAGUUCAUACUGGAGAGAAACCCUAUGAAUGUAAGGAAUGUGGGAAAGCUUUUAGGCAGAGCACACACCUCGCUCAUCAUCAGAGAAUUCAUACUGGAGAGAAACCUUAUAAAUGUAAGGAAUGCAGCAAAACCUUCAGCCAGAAUGCACACCUUGCACAACACCAGAAAAUACACACUGGAGAGAAACCUUAUGAAUGUAAGGAUUGUGGUAAGGCCUUCAGUCAAAUUGCACACCUUGUUCAACACCAGAGAGUUCAUACUGGCGAGAAGCCUUAUGAAUGUAUUGAAUGUGGGAAGGCCUUUAGCGAUGGCUCCUAUCUUGUUCAACAUCAGAGACUCCACACUGGCAAAAGACCAUAUGAAUGUCUUGAAUGUGGGAAGGCAUUCAGACAGAGGGCAUCCCUGAUUUGCCACCAAAGGUGUCAUACAGGCGAGAAACCUUAUGAAUGUAACGUUUGUGGGAAAGCCUUUAGCCAUCGUAAAUCCCUUACUCUGCAUCAAAGAAUUCAUACAGGAGAGAAACCUUAUGAGUGUAAGGAAUGUAGGAAAGCCUUCAGCCAGAUUGCCCAUCUUACACUACAUAAGAGAAUUCAUACUGGAGAAAGGCCCUAUGAAUGUAAAGAAUGUGGAAAAGCCUUCAGGCAGAGUGUACAUCUUGCUCAUCAUCGGCGAAUUCAUACUGGAGAGUCAUCCUCAAUUAUUCCUUCCUGCUCACCCCCAUACCACCAAGUCCUCUAAAUUCAAUCUUCUAAAUACCUCUGGAAUCCAUCUGCUUUUUUCCAGUCCAUGUCCCAUCAUGAUAGUCCAAGACCCAACCAUCUCAUUUGGAUUUCUGCAAUAGCAUUGUAACCAUUUUCCCUCUUGUUCCUCUCAAGUGCAUUUUUAACACUGUAGCCAGCUUCAUCUUUUAAAAAUAAAAAUAUAUAUUCAUGUUACUUUCCCAUUUCAAAUGCUUGUUUUGAAGAAUAUGUUAGGUAAUCCAUUUAAAGAGUUCAGCACACAGUCCUUUUCAUACAAUUAGUGCUGUUAAGGUAACGAUUUCCUUACAAUCAUAUUAAGCUGUAAGUAAAAAGAAUUAGUAGGUCAAGACUAACAAACCUACAGAUUUGAGGACAGAGGACUCUUUACUCUCCCAGUAGGUAGGAAAGAUGAAUUCAUUCAGAGUUGAAAGGUUGUAUGAUGUACAAGGUAAGAUGGUGGCCUCCCACUCCCUCUGUAUGAAUAUAAGGACAUAUAGCAUUGUUGAUGAGGAACUCUCACUCCGCCUGGCACCCAGAAGUGAGACUAGGCCAAUUAGAACAAAAGCACUUGGUAGAAUGUAGGGCUAGCCCAGGGGAUAGUAUUAAAAACAAACUAAGCCAGCUAGAAAACUUG